CCUGUCUUUUACCACAAUUUGGAAUGAGGGGGAGCAUACCUCGACCCACGACGGAGGAGGCAUGUGUGCACAUCGUGGAAUGUGACACUGAGACCGCUCAGUGUACAUCGUGGAAUUCCUAAACCGUUACUUUGCAAGAACACUCCACAACUAUCCAGUUGAAACGGAUCUAUGGUAUAAACUCUUCUUAUUUUUUUUCCUUUAUCCGAGGGAGUUUUACUUUUGGGAACCAGUAGACCUGUGAGUGAGACUGUAAUACAGCCGUCUGCGCGGAGAGGAAGUUCGGCUACUGUUUACUUUUUUUUUCUCUUAGAGUAGCCUAACCUAAACCAGGUGAAGUCGCGCCCCGGUGCGCGGCCAGCGCUCGGAUAUAGUGGAAACCCUCUUUGUAGUCUGUAGUCUAUUUCAGGGUCUGAAGUCUUGGUGAAGUUCUUCAUUUUUCUCCCUUCAGUUUGGUUCUAUCUGUGUCUGAUCUGAUGUUUUAUUGCGUCCUGCUUUUGGUUCUGGAUGGGAAUGGCAGUUUUCUGACAGCGGGCAGGAGCAGAGUCUGAUCUAGCCACAGUCACGAGGUUCCGCCACUCAGUAAUGUUUUUAAUAAUCUGAGGGGCACUCUUCCCUAAAGAAAGAGAGAGAGGGAAAACUUUUCCAUGCUCUCUCCGGGCUCCAUGGUUUUUGAGGAUGUGAAAGUUGGACUGUGGCUCACUUUGCGCUAACUUCAUUAUCACGAAUAACGAAAUAACAACGUUGGGGGAAAAGGUUUUGUUUGUUUGUGCCAGCUCACAAAUCAACACUUAAAUGUGCCAUAGCGACGGCUCUUGGACACCGUGUACCCACUCUGAAAUACCAACCAGGUUAUAUUUUAAAAAAAAGAUAACAUGCAGGACAAUGUUUAAGGUCGUGGUUUAUUCCUGAAGUGCGUGAUUUUAUAGAUAGCAAAAACAAAGAGCAGCGGGGCUAACGGCCAGAGUUGUGUGAGGUCUGAGUAAGACGCGGAGAAGAAGUAGGCUAAACAUCAUCCCUCAUGGUAUGCCUUUAUUCUUCUGCCAGUAAAGUUGGGAGUGAAGCGGGAAUGUUUCUUCCGCGGCUCUGGACGCUCCGCCGAAGGUAUUGCUCCGGACGAUUAUUGCUCCUAGGGGUCGCGUUGUGUCUUUUCUACCAGACCCUGAUGGUGGCACGGAGUCGGUUCAAAGGCGGCCCAGCCGCGGCUGAUGAACGCAACAAGUCAACGAUGACUGGAGCGUUGGAGGUAUUUGAUGAACUUCUGCAGGACCCCGCGAGGCUUAUUUCUACCCUGGAGGCUUUGGAGAGGGAAAUAUAUGUCAAGGGGUCCAAUCAGAACCGGGCCGGGCGGGUCACGCGGGCCAUCGUGUUGACGGGUCAGCACGUAGCCGCGGAUACAGAGGUCCAGCUGUUCCAGCGGAUCCUGGAGCAGCGAGGCUACGAGGUCAGCCUGUCCCGAUACGCCGAGACCAACACCGCCCUGAGACACGACAACGGUGGCAGUGUGGAGUGGAGUGUGUUGGUGUGUCUGAGCGGUUCAGAGAAGAGUUGCCUGAGGAAAGUGUCCUUCUCCCAUCUGCAGCCCCAUCAGAGGGUCAACAUGAUACCUGGGCUGGUGGGGGCCUUCUCUGAUGUGGAUGGACUCUGUCGCUUCCAGACAGACAGCCGGCUAGCAGGCCUGGCAUUACGCAUCAAUCCAUCUGCCUGUGGAUCGCCCCUCCCCAAGCUGGGAGAUGUUCGUCAUGUGGCACAUGGUGAUUGGAACCCAGCUAUCACCACACUUAACUUGGUGAGCCCUGGCCUCUUUGCCAUGGUGACGGUUUAUGUCCUGGUCACCUCGGUAACGCCGCUCACAGCCUUCCUUCAUCACACGGGCCUGGUCAGGACAAACGAAGACACGGACAGCCACACCACACAGCUCAAGCCCUUUCUUCUGCAGCAGCUGGGUGCUGAUGCAUCCCAUGAGGCCUUGGACCAUGUGAAGGAGGUCAUAGGUCAGGUGUUGAGGGUGGCAGCAUUGACCAAUGAGGAGCCUAGCUCUCGGCACAGGUGGUGUCUCCUGUGUUUCCAGCUGAUGACAUUCACACUUCAGUUCAGUGGUUCCCUUCUGCCUAUCAUAGUGAAGGCUGAGACUGACCUGCACUUUGAUGGGCUGAGGGACCCAGGGUUUGACGGACAGAUCACAAAAGAGUUCAUCCUGGAAGAUGCUCUUCUCUUCCUGCUCCCAGCACACAGUGGACAGGCCAGACGGAAGAGCCCUUCACACACCGAGACAGACGAUGGACAGAGGUAUGGUGGCUGUGGGGGGACAUACGGUCUCUGUCUACCAGAACACCAGACUCUCCUCCUCCUGCAGUUCCUCCGUCAGCUGAGAACACCAGGGCCAUUUGAACUGCUUUAUCCCGCAGCUUCUCCGCAGCGCUCUCCUAUCCAAGACUUUCUCUUUCGAUCGUUCCCUAGAGCGGAGGAGUCUGGGAGUGGGCUGCAUUUCUCAGCAUUGUUGGACAGAGUCUGUUCUCAUUAUACAGAGCAAAGGAACCAGACUUACAGGACCAAUGAAGCAGAGACACAGACCGGGUGGGAUCAACACUCAGGCUCCCAGGACCUCCCUGGAGACAAAGAGCGGUGUGUGGACCCCCACCUCAGACAACUGUACACAGAUCCCCCUCUGACCCUCAGCCCCCCCUUCAGUCCCUGGGUGAAGGACUACCGUGCUGAGGUCCCCUUUGACGUGGUGACCCUACGCCUCCGCCCUGAGCCCAUCAGCCCAGCCUGUCACAUACACCUGGAUGAGCACAGAGGACCUAGAACAGCAAACUACCCGGUUGGCCUGGGAAACAGCAUAAUCAACAUCCUAGUGAUGGACGAGUCGCUCACCACAGAGCCCGAGCCCGUUGUCAUGACAAUAUACACUUUGCACAUGUACCGCGAGAGCCGUCCCAGCCUGCCCAUGUUUGGGGAGCAUGUGAUGUGUGGCUUCGUGCAGGACUGUGGCCUGGUGGUGCAACCAGAUCAGCCCUGUGGUUUGGAGCCACUCCCUGGGCCACUCUCUCCAGGCGAGCCCCAGGCCCCAACUCGGCCCUGCAUCUCUGGGGAUGUACCAGGUCGUUGGGUGGUUCCUUGCCUCAGCUGUGCCGACAACCGGACCUGUGACUGGAGAGAGGUUGUCUGGCAACCCGAGGGCUGUUACCACCCCUUGCUGGACCUCCCCCAGCUGCAGGACUGCAUGAUGUACAGGAAGGUAAUGUUCAUAGGUGACUCCACUAACCGGGGGAUGAUGUACUUCCUGAUGGAGCGGGUCAACUCUAGUCUGGAGGACUGGGGCAAGGCCCACGACAGCCUGAUCUAUCGCAACGUCAAUCAGGGACACACACACGUCUCCUACUCCUACUACCCACAGUUCUGGCUGGAGCAGAGCCACAGACCCACCUUCCAGAGGGCCCUGGAGCAGCUCAUACUGAGGUCGCGCCCCCUGGAGAACUCCCGUCAGACUGUGCUGGUGGCAGGAGGUGUCCAGUGGCUCAACACCAACCACCUAAGGAUCAUGAGAGAAGUGCUGGAGAGGGAAGGGCUACAGGAUAUCAUGGUGGUGGUGAAGUCUCUGGGCAUGGGCUUCCAUCUCCCUGUGGAUGGCAUCCGCUCUCUCUCACUGAGAGGAGUACAGGAGCUGUACAGAGAGAACAGCAACAUCAUCUCCGCCGCAAAGCACUAUGGGUAUGAGGUCAUAGACACAUUCAGUGUCACCAUGGGCCGCUACAAAGAGUUCCUGCAGGGACGGUGCGCCUGCCAUUUUCACGAGGUUGAAAAGCUGUCGUUCUCCAAGGCUCCGCUACACAGGAAGAUGAAGCUCCUUCGACACGGCGAGGAACCUGGAACCAGAACAAGUGGAACUGGAACCGGGUUCAGUGAUCAGCCCCCCCUGCAGCACCAGGACCAGUGGACGGGGUCUAACUCCUCCACCUAUCACGUGAGAGGAGAGGUGAACCAGGUGUACUCGCAGAUCCUGCUGAGUAGACUGUGUGUGAGAGACACGGGAAACUAGACCCACCCCUGACCACCACUGACUGUGUGUGUGUGUGUACUUGUGUCCUUGCUUACUAAUGUACGUGUGUGUGUGUGUGUGUGUGUGUGUGUGUGUGUGUGUGUGUGUGUGUGUGUGUGUGUGUGUGUGUGUGUGUGUGUGUGUGUGUGUGUGUGUGUGUGUGUGUGUGUGUGUGUGUGUGUGUGUGUGUGUGUGUGUGUGUGUGUGUGUGUGUGUGUGUGCAUGCGUGUGUGCGUGUGUAUCCAUACAAGCAUCUCUCUAAAAGAAAUAGAGGUCAUUCUGUCCAGGAAGUGCUGGAGUAACAGGAGAGUCCUGACUGGUCAGCCGUGUGACAAACAUCACCACUGUCUGUCACACAGACCUCCUCUGAUUGGCCCACACACUGGGCCCCCUGUCAUGUGACUGCUGCCUCUGCUAGGUAGAGGUUUCCAAAUGGUCGAAGAGGGGGAUCGCUGGCCUAAUACCAAAAGACAAGGGAAGCAGCUGGAGAACGAAUAGAGAGGAGAGCGAGAGUGACUGUUGAAGGAGUGUGUCGUGUGUACAUCCCACAUGUAAGCCUUGCUCUCCAACCAACUGACAAUGCUCCCUCAACGCUCCAGCACAAACCUUUACAAUUGUAUAGUUUUAUAGUUGUGGAAAUGUUGUACAGCAUUGGUUCUCUAUCCUCUCCUCGUGUAUCCCCGGCAAUUCCAUGUGUUUGAUGUAUUCCAGAGCUAGCACACCUGAUUCAGAUUCAACUUGUCAACUAAUCAGGUGAGCUAGUUCAGGGCUACAACAACAUUUUGAAACGUCUGGGGGUCCCCGAGGAGAGGUUCGAGAACCACUUUUGAUGUGUGCCUUUGAUGCCUUUGUGCAUCAGGAAAGCCGAUCUCUCGCCAUUGAAGGGACUUCUGGGUAUCCAGCUAUUCCUCCUCAUAUACAGUACCUCAUCCAUCCGCGUGUUCUGUGGACACCACAACGUAUUCUAUUCUAUGCCAAAGAUAUGACGAAAGCUGAGCUAUUCUUCAAGCGAAUGUCUUAUGUAGGAUUUUCUUAUAUUUCUACAUCUGCUUAUUCGUGCCCAUAAUGUUGAUAAUCAGUGUAUAAUGUUUUACAUGCAGCAUAUUGUUGACAUGCUAAUGAAGGACUGGUGUAAUGUAUGCUAUGGAUCUAUACAUAUUGUCUUAUCUGUCCUCUGAUCAUUUUUAUGGAGGGAACUGAGCUGGUGAAGAUGAAGGUAAUUGUAACAGAUAGCCACAAACACAUGCACACGCACAGGAGUGGAGACUACCUGCUUAGCUCUGUUUCGUGGUCCUAUGGGAACAUUGAUAGCAAACCUAAUCAUUUGAUUCAGUGAUUUUGAAGGAAAACUGAAGGGAAAAAAAACAGAAAGACAUAUUUUCCUCAUACUAAAUAUUAUCAACACUAUUAAUUUAUUAUUAAAGAACAUGUAUCUUCAAAUGGCACUAACUUCAGCUUUGUGUUUCCAGAUGGUACAUAUAAGAGUUAUUCCGAUACAAUAUUCUCACAUUAAAAUAUAUAUUUUCUUAACUAAA